CACACCGUGUUACAGUUGUUUUCAACUUGGCAGCCAUGGAUGAUGUCAGGGGUACCUCUGCUUGGGUGGCCAACCACUCCUCCCACGUCGUCGUCGACUCCUCCGGGAUUGAGAAAGUUGCGGAGACAAUAGACGAGAUUCCGAAGGUGAACUGGGAUUUCGAAGGGAUUCAUUACUUUGACAAUGGGCCGCUCACUGUUCAGUACCUGUUUGUGUUGGAUGCUUUGAAUUUCUGUUUCUGGCCAGAUAAGGACUUAAAUUACGACAAUUUGGCAGCGGGUCUAAAGGAAGCUCUACUAAAUGACAAAUCUGCAUUUGAUGCUGAUCGUCUGCAGAAGUACACUGGUCCUGAACUAAGGAAGCUGUUGAAAUGGCCUAGGCCACUACCUUUGGAGGAUGAGAGAGUUCGCUUGUUACAUGAGGUUGGAUUUGAGCUUGAGAGAAGCUUCGAUGGAAAAGCGUCCAAUCUUGUGGAGUCCUGUGGAAAAUCAGCUGUUAAGCUUGUAGCUAUGGUCACUCGUCACUUUCCUGGCUUUCGAGACCACUCGGUGUACAAAGGCCACCAAGUAUUCUUGUAUAAAAGAGCGCAGAUACUUGCUGCAGAUCUAUGGGGUGCAUAUGGUGGCAAAGGAUAUGGAGAAUUUUAUGACAUUGCAUCAAUCACUAUUAUGGCGGACUAUAUUGUUCCAGCUGUGCUGCGGAAGCUUGGUGUGCUCAAAUAUAGUGAAACCCUUGCCAGCAUGAUUGAGAAGAAAAGUGAAAUAGAUCCGGGCAGUGAGGAGGAAGUUGAACUACGAGCAUGCUCCAUAUAUGCCGUAGAGAAAAUGAAGGACUUGAUCAGCAUAAAAUUAGGGAGGAAGGUUCUGAGUAUUGAGUUAGACCUUUGGCUGUGGUCUUUUGGCAUCCAAAUUCCUGCUCUGCAACACCACCGAACACUCUCUAUCUAUUAUUGAGUGUGACUGCACCACAUACUAGAAAGAUGGAUAACUUUUGGCUUUAAAGUUUCAGUUAGUCUUUGGAGGGGAUAGAUGAACAAAUUCUGGCAUCCUGCUUUCGUUUCAGAAAGGUUGCGGCUUUUCAAAUUUUACAGGCCAAUGUAGUUCCUAGCUGCCUACUCUUUCUUCCCAUGUAUCACUUUAUAUACAUUUUAUAUAAGUUUGACGGCUUGGAAAUGUGUCUGCAACUUACUAUCUCAUUUCAUGUUAUCAUAGGCUUGGUGAGAGGAAACCUGGUGUUGGAACAU